GUGUAACCGUUUGCGCCUUUACGUCACAACCUUAACUCUACGUUCAACGCUUCACUUUACCUUCAACGGUGUAUUCUUCUACAUUGAUGUGCCGUAUUCUUCAUCAAAUCAUGCCUCACCACAUCUGACGUGUUCUUGUUUUGAUCCUUCGUUAUCAUAAGCAGCUCAUCUGACUUCAGCGAUCCUCUGCUUAGCACGCUUCCUCGACCUGCCUAAUCCACCUACGGUAUCCUACCGUUUCACCGCUCUCAGACGAUUUCUAGCUCUAACUUGUUCAUAAAUCUCAACCGAACACUUGAGAGCAACUACUUCUCCGAAGCCACCAAGGAAUCAUGGCGGACGAACAUACCAUGUCUAACGAAGAGUGGGAGGAAGUCUCUCAAGACAUCCCCUCACUCUCGGACCCCUUCCUUCAGCAAUAUCUCACAGGCCGAGCAAACCUCAUGAGUCAAGAACAAAAGGCUCGCACGGAUGCUUCGUUCAGAUCUUCUCUUUCACCUAUUGCCAAGCGCGCGAGUGACAUUGUCGACCGCAUCCGCGACCAGGAGAAUGAUUCCAUCUGGACCCCUCAAGUUGAGGAAGAGCUCGCUCAAGCAGGAAACGAGUGCAUCUUUCCAGGAAUGAUGUUCAUGCUUGCCAAAGACCGCAUGGAGAAGACAAAUCUCUGGAAGAUCGUUCGCCGCAUGCCAAAAGGUGCGCUGCUUCACGCUCACAUGGAUGCUAUGGUCAACUUUGACUUUCUCUUCGAUGAGCUUCUGAAAAUGCCAGGAAUGCAUAUGUGCAGCGAUCAGCCUCUCAACACUGAAGAAUCUCGAGAGGAUGCAGUUCCUAGCUUCCGAUAUAGAACCAAGGCGGACACUGAUGGAUCUAUUUGGGAAGAGAGCUACAAGCCUGAUACCUUUGUGUCACUUCCAAAGGCGGCAGAUGAGUUUCCUCAUGGUGGAAGGCCCGGCUUUCUCAAGUGGCUCAAAGGCCGAUGCACUCUCUCCGUCACAGACAGCCAUGAGCAACACCAUGGAGUUGAUGCCAUCUGGGUCAAGUUUGGAAAGUGUUUCCUUGUGUGCGCCACCAUCAUUCACUAUGAACCUAUGUUCCGGAUCUUCCUCCGCGAGCUCAUGAAGAACCUCAAGGAUGAUGGUGUCAACUGGGCUGAACUUCGAUUCACUUGGCCACUUAACUAUUGCCGUGAUAAGCAAGAGGAGCCCGAGAAAGACUACAUUCACAUGUUUGAGGUUCUGCGCGAAGAAAUCGACAACUUCAAGAAAUCUCCCGAGGGCAAGGGUUUCUGGGGCCUCACCACCAUUUGGACCUGCCUACGAAGCUGGCCCACCCGUCUCAUUAUCGAGAACAUGGACUGCUGCAUCGCUACCAAGAUUGCUUUCCCUGACCUCAUUGCUGGUUAUGAUUUGGUUGGUCCCGAGGAUCUGGGUCGACCCCUGUCUGAUCUCCUCCCUGAGCUUUUCUGGUUCCGUAAGCAGUGCGCCAUGGAGGGUGUCAACCUUCCCUUCUUCUUUCACGCGGGAGAGACACUUGGAGAUGGCACUGACACUGAUGCCAACUUGUUUGAUGCAAUCUUGCUUGGCACCCGACGCAUCGGACACGGCUUCAGUCUUUUCAAGCACCCCCUGCUGAUUGAUAUGGUCAAGGAGAAACGCAUCCUCAUCGAAUCGUGCCCCAUCUCGAAUGAGGUCCUCCGCCUCUGUGGCUCCGUAACAGCCCAUCCCCUGCCCGCCCUUUUGGCGCGUGGUGUUGUUUGCAGUCUGUGUAACGAUGAUCCCGCUAUGCUCGGGCAAGACACAGCCGGCAUGUCACACGACUUUUGGCAGGCUCUCCAGGGGUGGAAGAACCUUGGUCUUGCAGGCCUUGGCAGCCUCGCAGAGAACAGCGUCAGAUGGGCUGCUUUCGAGGACCAGAGCCAGACUGACUGGAUCAACGACAUCAAGCAGGCUAGCCUUGGUACGAACGUCAAAGCCAAGAGAAUGCAGGAGUGGCAGAUCGAGUGGGAGAAGUUUUGUCUCUGGAUCGUUGAGGAGUUUGGUGAUGAAUUUGGUGAUGACAAGGAGAAAGAAAAGGCCAGUGAUGCCUAGACACUCAUUCACGACAAGACGAUAGACUAAGACGAAGGGAAAACUGGUGCAUAUCGGCGUUGCAUAAUGAGAUUUAGGCGUGUUCAACACAGACGGUUUGGGAGUUCAACCAUCGUCUCCGUGGAUAGAGGCGUAUCAGAGGAAUACUUCAUAAAGAGCUUGUGCCUAGAAAUGUCAAAAAGACUAGAGAGUUAGGUACUUUAAAAGCAAUGAUGAAAACUUGUUUUUAUUGGA